AGGACCGGCGGGACGGGAGGAGGAGGAGGAGGAUGGGGAUGACGGCGAUGGGGAAGCGAGCCGGGAGCCGGGAGCCUGGAGCCGCGCCGGGGCUGCGGCGGCUGCCGGGGCGGGCGGUGCCGGGUUACGCGCGGGUCAGGAGGCCGCCGCGGCCGUGGGAGCGCUGCCCGCGCCGGCCCCGGGCGGAGGCGGGGCGGGAGAGACCCUUCGGGCAUCGGCCCCGGCGGGGGCGGCCCCCGAGCCCCUCGGUGCCCGGGCGGCCGCUUAAAGCGCAGCAGGGCCGCCCGGGGCAGAGGAGGCCGGAGCGGCCGCCACGGGAGAAGGCUCAGCUGCUACAGAAGUGCUGUGGUUGGAAGGGACCCCUGGAGAUCAUCCCGACCGACUCCCCCCGGGCAGGGCCGGCUGGAGCAGGUGACACGGGAACGCGUCCAGACUGACAGUGCCACUGCACACACGGUGUCCCUCGGGCUCUCAGGGCCUCCAGAUCCGUCUGAAAGUCCCACCAUGAGUUUUCUGCGCUGUAAUCUCCAUUAUCGUGAUGUUCGCCAUGACCCUGCACAAUAAAUUAUUUGGGGAACUGCUAGAGGCCAAAUCUUAAAACCCAACGCCGUCCCUGGACUAGCUCUCCACCCAGACUGGCUGCACCUCUGCAGCCUGGGCUGUGGCACGGUGUCACUUGCACCUCUCAGCUUCACCUCUUCCAGGGGUUACCAACUUUUCCACGUUUCUCUAAAUAAAGUCUUUCACCCAGCAACGCACUUAAACACGUGCGUACCUCAAUUGCUCUGUGUCAUUUGCGUAUAAUUAAGCAUGUGCUUAAGUGCUCUGCUGGAUUGAAGCCAAGAUCUGCAUAAGCUCUGUUGGGUAAAAUUUACCAGCUUCGCUGGGCUUAGCUCUGUGACUCAUUCAAUCAGCAGAAGCCCAAAGCUUUUUGCUACAAGCUUAGUUAUUCCCAGGCUGUCCUACAGGAUCACCCUGUCUCCGUGAUGAGGCUUGUGUCCUUCACUCAGGUGCUGUGAGAGGUGAGAAGCAUCUGCCUGGUGAGUCAGCUGGACUGUAGGGUUUCGAGUUCCUUCAGCCAGGUGCAUUAAUAAGGUUCUGCACCCUCGCGCAGGUCAGAGGUUGUGCCAUCAAGUUACAGUGCAAGAAAUUGCAUUAAGA